CAGCGCUUACUGGAGUCUGGCACAAAGCUGAAACACUGGCCUGGAGAGGUGCAGUCUCUGUCGCCUGGCUGCACUCCCUAAGAGACUGAAACAUUCAGGGAAGAAAGAAAAAAAGGAGAGCUGUCUUUGCUGUUGCACAGACUUUAGCCAUGGACCUGCGUGAACAACUGGAGAAUACUGAGAGGAACUGGAAUAAAGAAAAAAUGGAAUUGCUGGAGAGAUUUGACAAUGAAAGGAAAGAAUGGGAAUGUCAAUGGAAGGUCAUGCAGAGGAAAAUAGAAGAGCUUUACCAGGAGGUAAAACUUAGAAGGGAAAGCAAUAUGACCAUCCACGAUAGCAAGGCCAUUCAGAGCAAGAUGCUGCAGCUGUCCAUGCAUUGCCCUACUUUGCAAGAGAGUGACACAGCAGAGCUGAACCAUCAACACAGUGUGGCAAAUGACAGAAUGGAGAAAGGGAGUCUGCUUGGUGUAACAGGACACGAAUGGAAGGAGCCCAGAAACAAGAGCAGAAACAAUAUUCUGUUAGUGGACCAUCUGGCCUUUGAGAACCAUGAAGAACCUGGAGACAGCCUCGCCAUUAAAACUUCUGAGCAAAAUACCAAGAAUUAUAUUGGUGAUCUCAAUGUAGCUCUAAAAGAACUUGCCAGAGUCAGUGAAGAAUUAUGCAGCUAUCAAGAGGAAAUUCGAAAGAAGUCCAAUCACAGAAGAAUGAAGUCACUUCCUUUCUUGGGGGAAUUUGAGGAAACCCGAAACACAGUUACUCUGCCUGAGAUAAACCAUGUGUCCAGCAAUGAAUCACAGACUUCAGUUGCUUUUGAAACAGAGGAACAUAAUAAUAGGAAGAAUCUGAUGAGCUCUACCAAGGCUUUGAAGGACAUUUCUUAUGGUAGUCUUACCGGUGACAUAGGAACAGAUUUCAGACCUUGGCAAAAGAAAGAAGCUCCACCAGUUCCUCCACGGAGCACUUCUCGUCACCUAACAAACUCACUUUCUGCAGUCAUACAGCUUUCAGAAGCACCCAUAAGAGACCCAGGCAUCAAAAGCAAUUGCAAGGCUGAGGGUUGUUGGAAUGGGGGGAAACUGAGGGAUCUUUCACCUGUAAACAAAAAUAAAUCUGCAGUAACCUGUGCAAAUGAAGGGCAAUCUGUGAAAUUCCCUGUGAUGGUAACUGCUGCAAUACCUGUCACCAAAAAUGAGUGCAAUGUUCCAACAAAUUUCUGCCACAACACAUGGGCAUAUGAUAUGGGCAAGCUUGGAAAAGACAAUAAAAAUGAGCCUUCCCCACUGUCAGCCCAAAAGAGUUGUUCAGAUGGAAAUAUGGCCCGAAGCAACAAGAUACAUCAAAAACAAAACACCAAGUGUCACAGCAGCCCUUUUUACAGCAAUGACUUUUAUGCCCCUGCUACCUCGCACAAUGAUCUUUUGGAAGACACCAGGUAUCCUUUGGGAAAGACCCAAAGAAAUGAAACACUAGCAGCAAAGAUUGAUGAGUUUAAUCGGACUGUAUUUCACACAGAUAAACGUAACAAUGCUCUGCAGGAAAAUCAGGUGCCUCAAACAGCAUCAGAAGAUCACAAACCGAGUGGUCCGCCGUGUGACUCUGCUGCUAGCAGGGCAGAAACUGUAAAUAUGUCUUGUGUUUCAAAUCCCAAGCUCUCUGCAGCAAGGGAGCAAGAAACUAACAACCCCAGCAAAGCUGUCAGGACAGCAGGGCAACAGAAACACAUGAAUGGACUUCCAAAUACUAGUGGUUAUAGGCACAUGCUUCACGAGCAUGACUGGAGACCAAGUAAUUUAUCCGGCCGCCCGCGCUCAGCUGACUCAAGGUCCAACUAUGGUGUUGUUGAAAAGCUUUUGAAAACCUAUGAAAAAUCAACUGCGACUUCUCCGUGUAAUGCAAAAUGCUGCAAAGAUAAGAGGACACAGGCAAAUUCUGAAUUCACCAAUGGGGGUUGUGAGACACUGAGUCAGUAUUUAGAAAUGCUCCAGAUUGAGCAAGAAAAACAAGACUUUCCGAGGAAUUCAGCCAGGCAUAUUGGGCAGCAAUUCAAGCAAGGAAAAGAGAGACAGAAGUUACCAGAGAUAUGUGUGCCAGUGAAAUGUUCAAGUGAGAAGGGCUUCUCCCGUCCCGCUCGGCCAGCAAAUCGACGCCUACCUUCCAGAUGGGCAUCCAGAUCCCCAUCAGCACCACCUGCUGUGAGAAGAACAGUGUACAACUCUGUCUCCUUCCGGUCAGAGACCUCAGUAGUCUGAACCCAGAGCUGGGUUGGAUGGUGUUGUGAAAGCUCUAUGCCUCACUAUAACUGUGUUUGGUAUGUGUCGUAGCAACCAGUUCCACACCGUUGUCUUUUGUCCAAGGAUGACCCGCACCACAUGCCGGACGAAGCGUUCUGAAUCUUAGGUCAUCAUCACCAUGGUCUUCAGUGUUUUUAUUGGGAUGAAAUAGAGAUAUCCCUCGUUUUCUCUGGUUUUGGGGGUUUUUUUUAAUAGUUCACAAGGCAUUUCUUUUCAAUGGCAUCUUUCUUAAUUUGUCAAUCAAUUUUGAGUUGAAACAAUGUAUAGUGCUGUAUAUUCUGACUUUUCUGCAAACAGCAGAACGUAAAGCUGUAUGCAUGAUCAUGUGUUUGUAGGUGCAUGUGUUGGACUAGGAAGUAUACUGGCCUGUAUUUAGAAGAGACAAACUGUGCUAGUGUUGACAUUGAAAUUACAAGCUAUAUGCCAACAUAUAUAUAUAUAUUCAUAUAUAUAUAUAUAUAUAUAUACUUUGUGUUUAUUUUAAAAAGUUUGAAAUAUACAGUCCCGAUGACAUUUAUAUUUUGUAUAUCUUUUACAUAGGUUCACAGGUGUAGUAUUUAAUGUAAAAAAACUAAUUAUGCAUUUUUUGUGACUGAUCGCAGUGAUAAUGCCUUGCACAAUAUGUAUCUGAAGCAGACUAGCUUGACUGAUUUGUCAGUCAUGCUUCAUGGCAUCCUCGUUCAGUUUCCUAAUCCUAAUGCUAGGUCAAAAUUCCUAAACAUAUUUUUUCUGAAUUAAAAUAUUAUAUGAUUUGUAAUACAUUAGCCUUUUUCAGCACCAGAGACAUUUCUGAAAUGUUCCAAACCCUUUACAAAGCUUAUAUGUGCCAUUAUAUAUAUAGCAUACUGUAAACACUUUGGUAGAUUCAGCUACUCUAACAUACAAUUUAUGAAGGGAAGAAAAGAGUUGCAUAUGCUCAAUUCUGUAAAGCUUAUUUUUCCUUCUAGCAUUAUACUUUGAGGUUUGGCAAAAGUCAGAUAACAAUGGACUUGUUUACUUUCACUCAAGGCAGGAGAACAAGCACCGUUGCUCCCAGUGCUGGAGCCACACUCCUCUUUUACUCUUCUUCAAGACUAGAGUGCCUGAGCCACUUGCUAAUUCCCUGCUCCUGGACUGACUUCGUGGCAGUCAGUUAUGAAGUUUACUUGUACUCUGGCAACAAGCUGCAUCUAGUAGGGAAGUAUUGCAUCAAGAUAUGAUCAUAAUGGUGCCCGAAAUCCUGACACAUGGCAUUGCGACUCUGGUGUUGCCAUCACUUGAUUUGGUAUUAUUUGCCAUGUGAAUGACAUGCACAGAGCCUAACUUGUUCCUUCUUGCAGAGUGAAAGAAGUAUGGAUGCUGUCCAGGCUCUAAACUUUCAGAAAGACAGUGUUCUUCAUCCUGGAAUUUUUGCACCUUUCGUUAGGCUGUUGCUGGAUACACAGUGCAGUAAUGGUGAUAAAUGUUACCUUUAAACAUCACGUCUAGGUCAGAAGGAGUAAAAAGGCACUUCUUCAACAUCAGCCUGAUCUUGUCUGGCAAAUUUUCUUCUUCUUCUGGAGAAACAGAGCGUGUUCAAAGGAAUUUCAAAAAUCAUCCCAGGAUCCAUUAAUGUGCACAUCUUCUUAUGUGAAUGUAAAAAGGAUUUCAGAGAGAGAGUAUAGGCUUUUGUCCUAGUGAAUUGUAUAUGUGGCAAUAUAGGGAAAAUUUAAUGUGCUUAAUUUGUAGUGAUCUGUUGCUCUAUUCCAGUCAUGUUGAGAAUUCACUUUUUUCCUUCCUUUAAGGACCUUAUUCUUCUUUCCUCUGCACAACUUUGUUUUCGAAGGGAGAGAAAACAGGAGGCCCUGUGUUCUGAGCAAUAGCCUGUGUGGUAGUAUUGGUAACAGUUCAGGCUUGAGAAUAUUGGAGUGAGCAGACAUCAGCGCCAUAAAUCCCAGUUUAUCAUGCCAUCGUGGCUGUCUGCUUGGCCAAAAAUACACUCAGAAUAAUUUGCUCUAUCUAAACUUCUGGUCCUUUCUAGGUCUAUCCCACAAUACAUGAAGACUUCAAGCAAAUCAACAAUUCAUCAAAACUUACUCAGACAUUAUUGCAAAGUUAUUGCUGGAAAAGACACAAGGACAGAAAAUCUUGAAGAAAAUUCAUACAGUUUGGAUAGAGACAAAAAUCUAUGUGCUUGAGUGAAAAAUCAAGGGUUCUGUAAAUUUGACUGUUUGCCCCAAUUUAGAAAUUGCACUCCGUUAGCUUCCUCAGCACUAGAAAAAUUAGACAUUAUUCAUGGUAAAUCUGGGACAUGGUUUAAUAUUCUGUCUAACUAUGGAAAUUAACAAACCAAAAUACCUUGCAAAUUGACCUUUUAAAUGCCUGAGCAGCUGACCAGCUUUGAAUGCCUAAUGCUGGGGAAAGGGUAAUAUGAGAGAAUUGUAAAAAAAUGUGGUUCUCUAACUUCAGUCACUGCUGACUGCAAAAACACUUGUUUAAAUUACCUUUAUGGUGAAGUUAAGCAGUUUUGUUCUGAGAAAUUGUGAUGUACUUUUGUUUGAAGUAUGUAACUCCAAAAGCAUUUCCCUUGAUUAGUCAGUGAAGGUGUUUCUUUAGUUUCUUUCAGUUUCUUUGGUUGCCUUUGACAUAGACCACAUUGUUGAAUCACAGAGAAAGGAUCAAAUACCAACAACAUUCCCUGAUGUAUGUAAGUUAAAUGAACAGAAGGUUUUUGAAAUAAAUGAAUAGGUCAAGGAUGA